UAGACGUGAGCGUUAUUUCACGUCACUAGUUACAAUCACCUGUGACGAGAUAUGUAACGGCGUCACUAGCUUCGAGUCAAAUUAAAAGUAGUGAUUUUUGUAACUACUUAACUCGGGCGUGUUCGGCUCCGAGGUCGUGAUUUUUGUAAAUGCGUUACUCGGGCGUGUUCGGCUACGAAGUCGUGAUUUUUGUAAAUGCGUUACACGGGCGUGUUCGGCUACGAAGUCGUGAUUUUUGUAAAUGCGUUACUCGGGCGUGUUCGGCUACGAAGUCGUGAUUUUUGUAAAUGCGUUACUCGGGCGUGUUCCGUUUUGAAGUGAUUUAUAUAAUGCGUUGCUCGGGAGAGCUCGGUGUCGAAUUAGUGAUUUUUGUAAAUGUAAUACUCAGGCGUGUUCGAGUCCGAAGUCGUGAUUUUUGUAAAUGCGUUAUUCGGGUGAGGUCGGUCGGUCAAUAGGGAAUAUUUCUUCUACAUGUUUCUACUUGUUAUGAGAUAGCCAGAAUAAAAUAUUGACUGGAAAAAAUUCAACAAUUGAGCUAAUAAAAAAUAAAUAACAUUGCGAUCAUUUUCAUACGACUAAAACGCGUUUUUUAGUAAGAUAGACUUGUAGUUAGUAAUCGUACGAACAUAAUCAAAAAUGAAAAUAAGCAAGGCAUCAGACAGAAAGUUUAAUUAUUCAAAAAGGCAAUACAAAUGACAAAUUGAAAUUAUUUUACAUCUAUUACAGAGGAUUUAUUUUAAUAGGCUAUUAUUUUUGCAAUGGAAAUAACUAGUUACAAAAAUCACUAGCUUUGAAACAUGUGACGCCGAACAAAUCACUAGUUUCGUUACGUUUCUCGAAAAUGACGUAACGACUCACGCCUAGUUGCUAGAAUUAAAAACCCAAAGAAAGUACAAAAGUAAAAUAUAAGACAAUCGGGACAUUAUGUGCGAUUAAUUAUGUUUUGAAAGAAUAUGUAAUAUCCUAAGGUUUAUUUGGCAAGCGAUAACUCUUUUCACUUCUACGAUCUACGUUAUGCAAAUAUUUCUUAAUUUUUUGUCGCAAAAACAAAUCGAUUUCAUCUGUCCAGAUUUUGUGAUUAUUUUGACAAUUAAAUUGACGUAAAAGUUAGACGGAGUUGCGAUGAAUUACUCUUUGACAGCUGUUUAGAAGUGAUAUAUCCGAUAUGAAAGUUAUUUAUUGAAUUUCAAAACAAUAAAAAAGAAAAUUUCAUAUCGAAUCUAUUAACUUUAGAAACAUAUAGUCACCGCAGACACUGAAUUUAAUUAAUAUGGCUAAUUACCAAGAAAUUGUACAUUUAAAUGUCGGUGGUACAAGGUUUGCUACCUCCUGGCAUACAUUAACUUGGGUUCCAGAUACAUUCUUUACAGCAUUACUCAGCGGUCGUAUACCCACAGUGAGAGAUGAGACAGGUGCGAUCUUUAUUGAUAGAGAUCCCAAUCUAUUUGGGCUUAUUUUAAACUUUCUUCGCACCAGAGAUAUAGAUCUGACCACAGUAAAUAUAAGAGCACUACGACAUGAAUGUGAUUACUUUGGUAUAACCCCACUCUGUAGGAGAUUGGCACUUUGCGAUGAGAUGAAUCAUUCAGCAUGUGGGGAUGUAUUGUUUUAUGGAUACCUACCUCCACCAUUGAAUCCACCAAUUCCUGGUAAUGGGAACACAAGAAAUACUACCAACUGUUCGAGGAAGAAUUCUACAGCAUCAAACACAGAUGUCGCUACAAAUAGAUCUCAUUCCAGAAACUCAUCCCUUGACCUUCGCACAGUUGGUAGAAUACCAUCACAAGAUCAACUGAGCCGAUGCGGUAGAGGUCAUUCUAGAGCAGCUUCUCUCGGCAACACUGAGUGCCAUAAAGGUCUGCGUCCACCUGAAAUGAAUACAUGGGCAGACAGUUUGAAAGUACAAAUUAUCAAGGCACAUCACAACUGGAUAGCUGUUGCAUAUACACAUUUUGUUACUGGAUACAGAUUAACCGACUCUUGUGGUUGGUAUGUGGUAUUUCAAUCGCCCGUACAAGAUUCUGUGAUAGAACGUAUAGCAUUGAAUGCUAAAACUGGAGGUGGGGCUACGUCCAGUGGCAGUAAUACGUCCGGUACUGAUGUUAUGCUGGGAAUAGCAAGCGGCCCACUUGUACGGUUAUGGGCAUUCUCGACUCAUACGGAGCCAGUCAGAAGGACUUUAGUUGGUACGUUCAACCUGGGCGUGCGCGUGGAGCAGCUGGUGUUCGUGGGGCCGCAGCUGGUGGCGCUGAGCGGCGCGGGCGCGCGCAGCAAGGCGGGCGUGUGGCACACCAGCACGCAGCACUGGCAGACGCAGGACGUGGCGCACCUCACCACGCACGACACUGCCGGCUCCUUCCUGCUGCUCGGCACCGCCACCGGAGCCAUCAAUUAUAUCGAUAUGCAGAAGUUCCCGCUGCGUAUGAAAGACAAUGAUCUUCUAGUAACACAACUUUACAAGGAUCCCAAUCAAGAACCAAUCACUGCAAUAUCCGUAUAUCUUACACCCAAAACAAAUCUGUGCGGCAACUGGAUAGAGAUAGCGUACGGCACGCGGUACGGCUCGGUCCGCGUCAUCGUGCAGCACCCGGAGACCGUCGGACAUGGGCCACAGCUCUUCCAGACCUUCACCGUGCAUCAGAGUCCUGUUACCAAGGUGUCAUUAUCAGAGAAUUACUUAGUGUCAGUAUGCAGUGAGUACAACCACGUGCGGUCGUGGCGCGUGACUCGCUUCCGCGGUAUGAUCUCCACGCAGCCUGGUACCACGCCCAAGGCAGCCUUCAAGGUGCUAGCAUUGGAGGCGCCCACUGCACAGCCGCAUAACGACUGUGGACCUUAUGGUGAGCAAGAUGAAGAACAAAUAUUCAUACAGAAAGUUGUCCCUGAUACCGAUACUUUGUAUGUACGAUUGGCUUCUAACGGAAAAAGGGUGUGUACGAUCCGUUCGGUGGACGGGUCCGCGGUGUCGUGCUUCACUGUGGCGGAGUGCGAGGGCGCGCUGCGGCCGCGCCGGCUGCUGCUGUGCGGACACCGCUCCGGCGCCGCGCAGCUGUGGGACCUCACAGCGCCCACGGACCGCGCCGCGCGCCUCGCCCCGCCCGCCGCCGCCGCCACCGGUGAGGGGGAGGAGUCUCCGGUGGGGGAGGGCGGUCCGUCCCCCGACGAGUUAGUACGGCUACUGUCAGCGUGCGAGCUGGACGCGGCGCCCGCGCUGCCGCACUCGCCCAGCCGCCUGCAGCUGUGAGCCCGCGCCCGCG